GAAGAGUCAAAGGGAUGAGGGGUUGCGCGCGGCACCAUGUUCCCUUCAAUGUUGCGCAGCUUUUCAUGUUAUCGAUUGUUUAAUUCCCCCCGGUACCUCUCGAAAGCAGGACGUAUUGCUUGUUUAGUGAAUACUGUGAAAAUAAUCAACGAAAUGGCGAAAAAACUCAGUCCUGAAGAAAACUUCUGGUCUCCGUUCCAACAAGACGUGCUGAAGAUGGUGCAGCGCCACCCUGUCACGUACAUCAGGGACAUUAUGAUGACCCCGACCCAAUACAAGGCCGCUGUGACGACAGCGUGGGAGCGUAUUUCACGCGACAUUCACAUGCCCCAGAAAGCUUGCAAGCAAGAGUGGACCAGCAUCAAGCUGAGAUACGCCAAGCUGAACAAUCUGAUCCGCUUCGGGAAAGUGACAGAGGAGGUGAUCUCGUUGCACCCUAAGACGAGCAAGUACAUGGAUGGAUCUUUGGAGUUCAUGGACGCUUAUAUCUACGAGAUCAAUGACGAUGACAUACCUCCACACAUUCACAAGCGCUUCAACAAGUUAUUUGGAGUGACCAACAAGCAGGUCGUCACCAAGGAGAUGGUACAGGCCUUGUUAAAAAACCGCACGCAAGAGGAAGAGCCGAACGAUGAAAUGGGGAAGAUGCAUGUGCAAAAUUUGAUGAAUAUCGUGGAGGAUGCUGUGGAGAAGUCUCUCAGGGAAAUGAACACAUCUGAAGAGCAGCCAGAGCAGCGUACUGCUGGUUAAGCUAGGCUAACACUAGCGUUAUGAUACUGUUUAGUAUAUGUCUCACGAUUACAUCAUAAUAAUUCAUUUAAUCACUUAUUGUGUUGUUGUAAUCCGAUGUGGUCGUAUGAAUGUUCAUAACUUUUUGACUAAAAUGUCUUUCUGAAGACUGUUUGGAAUUGUAAGACAAUCAAAAAUAUAUUAGGAAAGAUGGUUUUGGAUUGGCAGAAGUUUGGAGAGGACUGUGACGACGGACGGUGCAGGCGGUGUAUACCGAAGAAACAAAAAGACAAAAAAAUACUGGAAAUGAAGUGGACUGAUUAUGGGAAAGCCAAAUUUGAAAUUAUAAGUGUUAGUUGUAGUUCUAUUUAAAGUCAUAUUUUAACUGUAUCGGCGUCAAUGUGUUUGAUCCAAUGAUGUUGUAGAUGUAUGCAUUUAAAAUAAAGUAUCCAUUUUUCU